CCUUCAGCCCGGACCCAGAGAGAGGAGCUCCUAAGCUGGGUAGUCUAGGUACGAAAGUGGAGUCUCCCCUGGAGGAUGAGGACUCCAGCUGGACCACCCUGUCCCAAGAGAGCCCCUCCCCUCAGACCCCACAAGAAAUAGCAGAUGUGUGGGGUGAGGGGACCUUCCCCAGGCUGGCGUGAGGUCACAGACAUAUCAGAGGUCUACUUCUGGCAUGUCCCUACUGGCACCACCCAGUAUGACCGCCCUGUCUCCACCACCAACGAACACACACACCUCCACCCACUCCCUGACUCACAGCAGGGCGACACAGUCAGCCUGAGACCGCUCAGCGAGCGUCCUAGCAGUUUGGUAUCAGACAGUUCAGUGGAACCUGUGCCCUCUCCAUCCGGCUCCUCCUCCUCCUCUCCCUCUGAUGUCAUUCUGCCUGUCCGAGGCUUUGACAACACCACCUGCACUGAGCUGAAGGACUACCCAGUGUAUCCUGACCCCAGCCUGAAAGCUUUUGAAGGAGCUACUCUCCGUUACGCCUCACUGAGACUGCACCCUUCCCAGUUAGAUACAGUGGACCUCAACAGUGCCUGCACUGACCCAGAGGGACAGUCAUUCCCAGUGCGUUCUCUGGGCUGGGUGGAGAUGGCAGAGAGAGACCUGGCAGAGGGGAGGAGCAGUGUGGCUGUCCAUCACUGUAUCAGGCAGUUGUCGUACUGUAGGAGGGACAUACGAGACUCGGCAGGGGUCUGGGGAGAGGGUAAAGGCAUGCUGCUGGUGCUCCAGGACCGUGAUCUGACCCUGGUCCACCCGGACGACCGCAGCAUGCUCCACUCUCAGCCAAUCAGCAGCAUCCGUGUGUGGGGCGUCGGCCGAGACCAUGACAGGGAAAGGGACUUUGCCUAUGUGGCGAGAGACAAAAACACACGGGUGUUGAAAUGCCAUGUGUUUCGAUGUGAUACCCCUGCAGAAGCCAUAGCAACGAGUCUCCACGAAAUCUGUUCCAAGAUUAUGGCUGAGAGGAAGAGUGCGAAGGCUGCUGCCUGCAGCUCAUCCCAAACAGGCUCCGAUGUUCCUCUCCAGGAGUUUCCCGUCCCAAAGACUGAGCUGGUGCAGAAGUUCAAUGUGAACUACCUGGGGAUGACGUCUGUGUCUCGCCCCAUAGGUAAGAGAAGUAUGGACAUCAUCAACGGGGCUAUAGAGAGCCUGGUGUCCUCCACAGGAAAAGAGGACUGGACCCCUGUCAUACUGAGUGUGGCUGACGCCACCGUGGCUGUCAUCAAGGAGAAGGAAGAGGAGGAGGAAGUGCUGGUGGAGUGCCGUGUGCGUUUCCUGUCCUUCAUGGGAGUGGGCCGGGACAUCCACACCUUUGCUUUCGUCAUGGACUCUGGGAACCAGCACUUCCAGUGCCACGUGUUCUGGUGUGACCCCAACGCUGGCAGUGUGUCUGAGGCCGUGCAGGCUGCUUGCGUGCUGCGGUAUCAGAAGUGUCUGGUGGCACGCCCCCCCUCUCAGAGAGCUGGCUCCUCCUCCCCACCCCCCGACUCGGUGACGCGCCGGGUGACCACCAGCGUGAAGCGUGGCGUCCAGUCUCUCAUAGACACUCUGAAAACAAAGAAAACGCCCUCAGAACUGCCUCAGCAAUGACGGACAGCUCACUGACCACACCCCCUACCACAGCCCCUGGCUUUGUCACUCACACUGUCGCCACAACUACGACCUACAACCACUCCUAACCAAUACCAGCCAUGGUAACCAACGAUGUACAUAUAUGUUAACUUAACACCACUGGGCAGACCAAAGGAGGAAUGGAUCUGGAAAUCUGCAGAAGAAGAAGAGGAAGGCCAAGAUACAGCAGAAUGAUGUGCGGUUAAUAUGGGUCGUCACUAGUGGAACUUUCCAUUGAGCUUUGAACUCUGCUGUGUCAUAGCGAGACUUGCCUACUUUAGCCAGGCCACAGCUGUCCUCACCGGGCACUGCCUCGUCUUGUGGAGUAUUAUUACUACUGAGCUGUAUGGAGUAUUAAGCCGGUGUCACACAAAGCAUUCUGGAUACAAUUUAUGUUUCUUGCAACAAAGUUGCACCUAGGUUGCCCAGGGGGUCACCCCCGAAAUUUUGGGGGGCCUGCAACUUAGUUGCAUUGCAUCGCAAGAUAGAAAUGAAUCCUAUUUCACGCAACUGACUGUAUGCAGUGUCCAAUCAGUGAGCAGGAUUUUUUUUUUUUACAUGACUCGUCAUAUCGUUCCGUACGGAACUCUGACCCAGUUGUCAUGUCAACACAGCUGUAAGUGUUGCUGCAAACCACAACAAAAGAGACAUGCCAAAUGUCAGAAAAAAUGUGUCUAGUCAUGGUUUAUGUACAUGCUCUGGCAGUCAAUAAAUGUCAUUUUAAAAGUGAACCCAGACCUUUAUCUGUCCAGUUUCAACUGAAAUUGGCCAACAUGAACUGCGCUAGCUAGGUUAGCUCGUUGCUAGCUUAGUUAGCUAGUUAGCUUGGUAAAACAUAGCCCUUGAUCAUGACUCUCAUUACAUUCUACAUACGAGUUAUUGGAUGAAGGCGUCUUCUCUACGGGGGAGUUUUGUUAAAAGAGCCCCGAUGCUCAAUCUGAACAUUAACACGAGUCGCUUGCGGUACAGUUUUGGAGGUGUAUGGAACUUAUCUUUCAUAUCAUCGAGAAAUAAUAGAUAAAACAAAAAGGUUCAUUUGAUACACACCUUGCUAGGGUUCCGACACGGCCACAUCUCCAUGUUACUGCGUUUGUUUAACGAAAACAGACAAGAGGCGACCACCUGUGCUAAUUAGCUAUCUAGCGUGCUCCAAACACCUGUGUGUAAGGGUAACUCUGGAAGUGUAGUUUAGUCAGAUGGAGGCACCCAAAGCUGAAUGGAUCUGUGUAAAACUGCUACAGUAAGUGUAUCUUUUUUUUUAUUUGAAGAAUUCUUUCUCGUCUGAUGAAAGAUAAGGGCCACAUGUUUUGAAAGCCUUGGUCAUUGACGUGUCUAAACACAGCGUCGGGAUUGUCGUCAACGUGAGCCAGUCGUGGGCGAAGCGAAAGACUGAAAACUGUAGGGAGAACAAAUCAUUUAUGAAACCAUGAUGUGAUGUAUAACAGGAUUGGAUGUUGCAUGCGAUUUAAAUUGCGUCCAAAUUGCUUCCUGUGACGCGGGCUUUAAACUAAUACUGAGGCACACUGGACAUACCUGAGAAAAAUAACCAAUCCCUAUUGAGUGCUGGCUUUGUUGCAUCAGGAAGCCCACACUGAAUGUGUGUUUGUUUAUCUACGCUUUUUAUUUUUAAACUCGUUGUACACAGUGAGAGCAGCCCUGUUCCCAUCGCAGUGCCAAACUGAGGAGCAUUCCAGAACGACACACACACGUCUCCUUAAGACGUCUGUCUCGUUGACAUGGUAAAAGCCGAUCGCUACGGACAAGGCCACUGACCAAACACCGCCAUCCAGCUCUUCUACCCGACCUGGCAACCUUUGAGCACCAGACUCCAAUAGAGACGUGUCAUGUGACAGACUAUACAGCCAUGACGUCCUAACAGAGACGGGGAGUGUACAUGGGAACCAAUGUAUUCCAUCCCAUCUGGCUCACAUAACGGACUGAACCGAUGUCUCCCUUGAGGAGGGGUGCUCAGAUUGUACUAUAAUUAUUGUAAAGUAAUGAUUGUACCCCAGGUUGGAGAUGAGAGGUGAGAGGGAGGAAUGGGGUGGUGUUGGUAUUUCAUGUGUUUGUAAUCUGAAUGUGAGGGGGGAGAGAGAAAGAUGGAUCAUCGUUGGAGAGAGAGAUUACAGAGGAGGGUGUCAUUAUGGAGAUAGGUGCUCUGCACAAAGGUCUAACUCUACCAGACUAUCUAAUCCUGUCCCCACUCACAAACACACACACACACAUUCACCCAACUAUGGAGAGCUGACCGCCCACUGUCUCCUUUAGGACCCAGGUACACCUCUCUACACUCUAACUCAACUCUGUGAAUGCAAUCCACUCCAACGUUAAAAACAUAUGUGAAAAUAGUGUGAUUCAUGUGCUCUGUUCUUCACUCAUCUCUACACCAUGUAAUUGUGAUCUGUUGUGAAAAUAAAUGCAAUACCAAAACAA